UUUUUUCAUCAAUACGGUUGUUUUAGCAGCUUUCUUAUUAAGUGAUGAGCGAAGAGAUUAGUUUUCAGAGGUUCAUGAUCAAAAAUGAUUUUGUAAACGCGCUGAGAGCUUUAUAGACAUAUAGAUAUAUAACACAGAAAAGCAUAGACACGUUUUGUUUUCCAUAACGGCCUUUAUUAAGUGUGUUUUUAAUUUAUUUGCCUAAACUGCAAAAAGACAGCAGUACAAUUAAAUGUAUAGGAAACAUUUUAAAAAGGAGUGAUUAAAAAUACAUUAUAUAAAGAAUAAGUACUUACAUAAGUCAAAUAACAGGUUGUAAUACAAAUAUAAAGCCAUAAAAUGCAAAACAACAACAACAACAAAAACCUAAAUAAAGGGACUUUGAUUUAUAACACAGAUAACAGACCUAUGUUUUCUUUUCCAUAAAGGCCUUUAUUAGAGUGGGCUUUAAACUUAUUUGUCAAAUCUGCAAAAAGACAGCAGUACAAUUAAAUAUAAACUUUUUUUCUUACGAAUGAUUUCAAAAUACAUUAUAUAUCAAAAAAUAAAGGCUUAUAUAAAUAAAAUAACUUGUAAUACAAAUAUAAAGCCAUAAAAUAAAAACCUAACCCUAACUAUUAAAUGCACAGUAUUAAAGCACCAUUGAACUGAAGAAUUGAAAAAGCACGCAUCAUAUUUCAUAUAAAAAUUUUCAAAUUUCCAUAUUUAUACUCAUAAAAUUGAUGAGAGGUCGCGACGUUUUCACAUUUCUUAUUUCACAGUUAAACGUAAAACGAAUAACAUGCAUAUACAUCGUGACUUUGAUCAAAUAUAAAUUACAAGGACACAAAUUUGACGAAAAAUACAUGACCUCACAUGGCGGAAGUGAUUUUGGCGGUAGGCUUGCGAUCGGUUUGACCUCAUUCACAGGAAGUGUAGUCGAGCGGAGUCGGACAGCCCUUCGCGAGCGAAAAAAAUAGAAAAAAAUUGAGGGAAAAAAAUCGGUGAAUCCAAGGGGUUCGGGCGGAUUUGGACGAAGUUUCCGAACUGUCCCGGCCCGGAGGAGCCCUGGGGGUUGAAAGGGAAUCGCCAGCACCGAAAUAAUGGAAGAUUCCCAUUUCAACUCAUCAUACUUUUGGUCUCCCGUUCCAACAAUGCAAGGACAGAUUGAGAACGCCAUGUUUCUGAAUAAGAUGAAAGAGCAGCUGGGGCCGGACAAGGGCGCUUCUUUUCCGCACUCGUCCGCGGCGCACUACCCCACGGCGGUGCUGACGGUGCCGGGCUCGGUCGCCAUGGACACGGGAGCCGUCGGGAGGGUGCCGAAGCAGGAGAGUGGAGGAGGAGCGAGCGGGACAGCAGGGGCGCAAAUAUCUGGCGUGGGAGCGCACAUGCACCCACCUCACACGUCUCAGAACAUCACGGUGGUGCCUGUCCCGACUACUGGCAUCAUGACAGCAGGGUUAGUGAUCACGACUCCUCAAGGGGCACUGGUCUCUCCUCCUUCCUCCUCUCAGUCUUUUGUUUCUGGACCACCCACAACAACCAUGAUUGUGUCCGCUUUACACCCAACAAACACAGAGGCUGUCCGGCCCCCUUCCCUCUAUCUCCACAGCCACUACAAGAAAGAGGACGGCAGUAUUCCACCCGCCGUAGUCAUGCCACUUCCCUCAAAGCGGGGCAGAAAGAAGAAGUCCAUGAUGCCAAGGGCAGGUCCCGUUUCAGCCCAUGCACUCGCCACAGGAAGUGAUGCGCUGAUUCUUGCACACUUGGCUGCUGGGGGACAGCACAACACGAGUGACCCAUAUGACCUUUCCAAUGAUGAGGAUGAUCAUCCAGGCAAAGAUGGGAACAAGUCAUACAGGUGCCGAAUGUGUGCGGUGACGUUCUUCAACAAAUCAGACAUGCAAAUUCAUGCCAAGUCCCACACAGAGGCGAAGCCGCACAAGUGUCCUCACUGCUCCAAAUCCUUCGCCAACUCCAGCUACCUGGCGCAGCACAUCCGCAUCCACAGCGGCGCCAAACCCUACACCUGCUCCUACUGCCAGAAAACCUUCAGACAGCUCAGCCACCUACAGCAGCAUACACGAAACCACACAGAGGGCAAACCGCACAAGUGUCCUCACUGCUCCAAAUCGUUUGCCAACUCCAGCUACCUGUCCCAGCACAUCCGCAUCCACAGCGGCGCCAAACCCUACACCUGCUCCUACUGCCAGAAAACCUUCAGGCAGCUCAGUCACUUACAGCAGCAUAACAGGAUUCAUACUGGUGAUCGGCCGUACAAGUGUUCCCAUCCCGGCUGUGAGAAAGCUUUUACCCAACUAUCCAACCUCCAGUCUCAUCGAAGACAGCACAACAAGGAUAAGCCAUACAAAUGUCACAAUUGCAACCGUGGCUACACAGAUGCGACCAGCUUAGAGGUUCACUUAUCUACACAUACGGUGAAACACGCCAAACUCUUCUCCUGUGGCCUCUGCAACCGCGCCUACACAUCUGAGACGUACCUGAUGAAACACAUGCGAAAACACAACCCAGACCCUCUGACGGUAGCAGCCGCAGUAGCUGCCCAGCAAGCCCAGCAGGGCCAGAAUCCGGCUCAGUCCUCGGGAAGCGGCAGGGGUCGCGGGCGAGGCAGGGGGGCCGGAGCUGCGUCAGCUGGAGCGGGAACAGCGGCGCAAGCGCAGAACCAGCCCAACCCGCCAUCCAGUUACUCUGUUACGGAGGGAAUACCCUGCCCUUUUGACCUGCACCAGUACAAGACCGUGUCAGCUGGAGAGAUCCAGUACAAACCGGUCACUGUGGCCGACCUGACGGCCCACAAAGACCUCUGCCUCACCGUCUCCACCUCUGCCAUCCAGGUGGAGCACAUGAACUCGUAGAGGAACUUGAGGAGAAUGAGAGCGAGAAGGUGGGGUGAGGAGAAACGGACCAUGAAUUGGAUAGGAAAUAAAAUACUGCCUUGGGACAGAGGAGGAUUUCCAAAAACAGAUUGGCAGGAGGGGAGGGCAGGUUUGCAAACUGAGGAGAAAAGGAGAGAUGGAGGAGGAGCACAUGAACUCUUAUGAGUUGUCUUUCUUUAGACUUGCUCUGCAGUGUCACACAAAAGGCCUUAAACUGUCAUGGUGGCUAUUUUCAGUUAGCAGCUAUUGAAAUGUACAAUACCCAGCCCCAGUUCUGUCCCUUUGGCCACUAUGGAUUUCAACAGUCGGGUUGCAGAAGUAAAAAUCCCAUUCAUUUUCUUCAUAGGGGAACUGAUUUUUGAUAAAUACUUAGAAACCAUUGAAGACAGAUCAACUGUGAGCUACGAGGUUGUUAAAGGGACAGUUCACCCUAAAUCAUUUAUUCUCCCUCAAGUUGUUCCAAACCUGUAUGUUGAACACCAAAGAAGAUAUUUUGAAGAAUGUUAAUAUAAUAGCAUAAUUCCUUAAAACUACAUUACCCGUGAUUCUGCAAAGAAAUCUCCACCAAUCUGUGCAAAUCACCAAACAGCAUAAGCUGUUAAGUAUGCAGUUUAGUACUUGGUCCCAUUUUUAAAUACGUUUUUGCUUCAAAUCAAAGUUUCUAAUGCCAUGAUUCACCAUGUAGCUGGUUGGUUUGGUUCAUGGCUUAUAACUCAAUUUUUUAUUAUUAUUAUUAUUUUUUAAUUUUAAAUUUGGCGGUCUGAAAUGGCGAUCUGUGAACUUCCCUCAGAAUUUCCAGUGACUUGAGAGACAAACAAUGUCAUAAUUGACUACUUAACUUAUCCAUAAAUACACCACCCUCAGUUUUGAGAACAUAUUUUAACAUCCAAGUAAUUUUAUUCAACAUCAUCUUUAUGCCUCUUUUAGCUGGUUUUGAUGUAGAGGUCAUAAUGAAUAAAAUUGAUAGGAAUCAGUUUGCACAUGAUAUUUUUUAAAUUAUUUCAUUUCAGACUGAUAAAAAAAAAAUAAGGUCACACGUUAUUUUGAUAAGACAACUUUAGACAUUCUACUAACUAUAAGUAACUUUGUAACUACAUGUCAACAAAUUCUCAUUAAUUUGCAACUACAUGUCUACUAAUUCUCAGAGUAGACUGUUAGGGUAGGUUUAGGGUGAGUAGAAUAAGUUGACAUAUACUUGCAAAGUUUCUCAUAGUCAGUAUGUUGCGGACCCAUCAAAAUAAAGUGUUAGAAGAUAUUAAGCAGCCAGUCUACUAAUACUCUAACGACUGCUAGUUGACGUGUAGUUGCAAAGUUACUUACUGUUGGUAGAAUGUCUAUCGAAAUAAAGUGUGACCAAAAAUAAAGCACUGUCAGUGGAGAAGGGAUAAUUGAGCAAAUUAGUUUACAUUAGUGAUUACAUUUUUUACUCUACGUGGCAUAUUUCUCUGUCACUACUAAAAGGAACAGGUGAAUGAAAACAAAGGUCAAUUUUAUUGCAAGGAUUGUGCAAGAUUGACUCAAAAUGGACACUAGCUUUAUAAAUGGGUGAUUAAGGUUACCAGUGCCAGCUAACAAAGACUAGCACAUGCUUAUAACAAGCUUUGAAAACCAGCAAGUUUACUUUUUUCUCUGAGUUAUAAAUGUUACAAAUGCUGGUAAACAAGAAAAUAUGGACAAAUACCACCAAAUAUCUCAUAAAUGAAUUGUACAGAACUAGUUUACAUCACUAAGUAUUUCACAGAAAGAUAACGCAUAUCUGCAGCAUUUGAGCAGGUUUACAGUAAUAGUUAAGUUGAAUUACUGAUGUUCUUCCAAAUCCGUAUGACUUUGUAAGCUCUUAUGAAGUUUUAAUGCCUUUUAUGACACUGCUUUGCAGGCCUGCUGAUUGACAUUUCAAGCAAACAUGCAACUGGUUUGUCACUACCAGCCGAGACCUGUUGGAAAGAGGUGGCUAAGACUGCACUAAAGGGGAGAAGGAUAAACAGAAGCUAAUGGUUUAUGGGAGAUGGCACUUAAAUGAACUUUUUUAUUCAUUGUUUCUGUUUUGUCAUUACAUUUUAGCCAUUUAUCAUAUGUAUUUUUCUAUUGUCCUUGUGUAUGUAUGUUUGUAUGCGUUUGAGUGUGCGAAGGGUUGGUUGAAAGAGCAUGUUAGAGAACAUUUAAAGGAGGAGAUGAAUGUGAAAACAUCUAUAAAAUUGUUUUUGGGUUUUUUUUUUUUUUGUGUGUGUUUUUGUUUUGUUUUUUUAACCUGAAGAGUUUAGUUAUUUUAUAUUUUCUUGACCCUCCCCACAAAGAGUCUUUUUUUUUUUUUUUCAGAAAGGAAGGGAGGGGGGGAAAAUGUGCAGAAAACAAUUUGGUUACCAGGUACUAUUUAGUAGUGUUUUUUUAAAAACCUUUAAUACCAGUUAUAACUUUGUUUUUUAUGCAAUUAUUAUCAUCAUCAUCAUUAUCCAUUGGGAGUUACUCUGUGUGUGUAUAUAUAGAGAUGACAUGUUCAUUCAAAAAGGGAAGGAUUUUCUUUCUGGUCCAGCUGAAAUAUGAUUUUUAAAAAAUGUAUUAAAGGCAACAUUAGAGAUCAGAGUAUGGGAUGUUAACAUAUUGCUAAACCAUCCAAUCACUGACCUACAUGAUGCCAUCUGUGUCCAGCAAGCAGCCAAGCGAUUGGCUGAUCCUCCAUGUAUAAUCCUUGUUGUAUCCAUAUAUGUCUUUGGAAAAUAACACGGUUCUCAAUAUUAUUAUUAAUGUUACUUCUGUCACUCUUAAUACUUAUUAACUACUCUUUAAGAUGACUUUGCUGUAUAGAUCAACACUCAUUCAUCUUGACGUAACUGUUUCUCCUAAUAUGAACAAUAAAAAAUGAUAAACACA